ACUUGUGUGUAAGCAACAUGGCUCUCGUGACAAGUUACAUUAUUUAUUUUACGGAGAAAUACUGCUUUCAUAUUACAAAUCUUUUGUAACAUAAGUACCAUACAUCUUGAAUCAGAUUUAUUCGCUUGUUUUAUUUUUCUGUCUGUAUGUUGGAGUUUAAAGAAAUAGUUUUAUGAUACCCAAUGUAUUGACUCUACAAAGGGGAUUAAGGUUAACAUGAAUGUAUUUCAAAGUUGCAAUGACACAAACGAUGCCAUUGAAUUAUUCCAGCCUCAGUCAUUGUAUUUAAAACCGAUUGCACGCCUGAACAUUUCUGUUCAACUUCCACAAAUGAAGCUUCCAGGAAAAACAAUUUCGAAUUGGGAAGUAAUGGAAAAGCUGAAAAAUAUGACAAAACCAGAAGAGUUUAUUGUGUUAAAAGUUUCCAAAAGCACAUUGGAGUUCAUCAGAUUUGAAGCAGAAAUUGAAAACAAAUCAAAACUUACCAGUGUUAUAGCCCGUCUAGAUACAAGAACAAUAAAACUGUCAGGCUUCUCUGAACUUCUUAAGGUACGCAGACACACAUGGGAUUCAUAUUUUCGUGAUGCCAGAAAUAUGAAUGAAAUGAAACCAGGGGAAAGACCAGAUACAAUACACAUAUGUAAUUUGCCCAGCAAAUGGUUUACAACUAAGCAAGAUAAGACCAAAGGCAAUGAAUUGCCCAGUGAAUAUGUUUUAAAAAAAGUGUUUGAAGUAUUUGGAGAAGUUAGAUGUGUGGAUAUUCCUAUAGCAGAUCCACAUCGAAGCAAAAUGAAGGCUCAUGUAUCUGGGAUGAAAACAUUUUCCUUUGGACAGGAUCUUUCCUUUGAAGGUUAUGUUCAGUUUAAGGAAUACAUCUGUUUUGUCAAAGCAAUGGAUGCUCUCCGUGGAAUGAAGUUGUUACGUAAGGAAGGUGACAAGUCGUAUACUGCAAAUAUAAAGGUGGAUUUUGAUAAGACAAAACACUUGAGUGAUCCCUCCAUCCGACGAAGAGAGCAGGAGAUUCAGGAUCAGAGGAAGGAAGAGGAGAGGGUGAAAAAGUUAGAAGAAAAGCGUCAAAAAGCAGACAGACAGAAACGAAGAGAAGAGAAACGUAAACAGAGACAGCUCAUGAAGUUAAAGGAAAAAGAGACACGGGAAAUGACCAUGAAAAUUGCAGUUGAGGAAAGGAAACUCCUUAUAGCACAAAGGAAAUUAGAAAGUAUUCGACUCCUUGAUGAACUUUUUGAAAGAGUAAAGGUUAAUAAACAAAGAGAACUUGUUAAGAUAAAGGAAGAGGCAUUAGGAAGCAAGUCAAAAGUGAGACGGAAGAAAGAAGAGAAGAUGAAAAAAAAGAAGGAAAAGGAGAAGAGUGGGAAAGAUAAACUGCAAGACAAAGAGCGAGAGCUGCGCACAAAGUUGGUUAAGAAGUACAAGAGUGCACAGGAACAACAGUUAGAGGAGCAGAGAGAAAAACUGCUUCAAACUAUUGAGGGCAAGAACAAACUGCGCAGUGUGUUGGCUUCAACCAGCAAGAAGCCAGACCGAGAAGGUCGCUCCUCGAUGUCUAGUAUCUCCCCUAGUGACAGUGGCAAGGAAAAGUCCUCCACUUCAGAGAUUACUGAUCUCGUUUCAACUUGUAGACAGAGAGAAAAUAACUGGAAGGAGAAAGAAGAUUUUGAUGGAAAAAGUUACCAUGCUGCCUCACAGUAUGAUAGACACUGGCACCAGAAUAAACAUUAUUGUGAAGAUUCACAGAGCUAUGUUUAUUCGUAUGAUGAUAGAGGGGGUCCUCCUAUGUAUCCAGAUUGCUUUAAGAACUACCGAAGGUUUCCUCCUCAUAAUUUUAGAUUUCAUCACAGGGGUGGGCUUUAUCCUCGUAGACAAGGAUUCUAUGUUCCUCGGUGGAAAAAGUAUUCUCGAGGUGGACGCGGCUCUUAUCGCAAUUUCCAAGCACGAGGCUUCCCUUCUGAUUCUUCAUGUUAUUACAACAAUGUCACAAGUGACUACUACCGAUACUUCCAGAAGCUAGCUAAAGGAAGUAAAGAGGAAGAGUCGUCACACUCGCAGUCUCAGAAUUCUCAGUCUGUUAACCGUUCACGCUCAUCUCAUUCAGAGAACAGAUCGCUAUCUAGGACGACAUCGCGCUCAAAGUCUUGUUCCCGAUCAAGAUCUUCCUCUAGGUCUUGGUCACGUAAACGUUUCAGGUCACAGAAAAAGUCUCGGUCUAGAACUCGUUCAUAUUCUAGGACUCAUUCAAAAACUAGGACAAGGUCACCAUCACAGUCUGUGAUGCAUUCAAAGUGGAAUCAUGGUGUUGCAAAGAAAAGUGCAGUGGUUGAGUCAGUGAGUCAGUCAAAAGGUGAGAAAACAAGAAGACAUUCUCAUAGUAAGAAAAAGAAGAAAAAAGAUCAAUGAGAUGAUGUGUGCAGUGAUGGCGAAACAUAAAAUACAGUAGAAAGUGUAUGCAAGUUUAAAUUAAUUCUUGUAUGCAUAGCCUUAAUGUGCACCAAGAAUUUGGUGAUGUGUGUAUGUUUUGCCUCUUGGAAAGUAAAGUGUGAUACUUUUAUAAGAAAUUUGUUACUCCAUUUAGUACAAAUAUGCUGUUUAUAGUUAGAGCAUAAUUUGUUAUGGAAAUGGAGAGAAGUUUUUAUUUUUCAAAUUCAGAUAAAUUUUCUGAAGGUCUGAAGACUAGGUUCUUCCAGUAGCAAUAUUAUGGGGCAUGACUUGUGUUGCAUAGAUUACACCUUCUCGAGAUUAGUGUUUAAAAGUAAGGCGGUUGCUUGAAGUUAGAGACUACAUUUAUGGAAUUUUGAUACCAUGUAAUUUUGGGUUUGUAACAAAAUUAUCAAAUUUAACUGCAGUACGUUUACAAACAGCUUGGUCAAUACAUGUGUACAUGUACUCUGACCUACAUGCAGCAUUGUAAAUCACUGAUUACAGAAAUGAUAGCAUAAAUUUUCUAUAAGUCUUUGGACAUACAAUAUGUAAAGCAUUGCUUUGGGACUAUAUGCCGUUAAGCCAUACAAAAUAGUUCAAAGUAAACUACAUUUUACAAAUAAAUUAUUCUCUUUUUAUGAAGUGCUCUGUUUCUUACAGUCUAUAUUAAAAGAAAUUUACUAUGUACCAUUAAA